AUGGACCCUGGCGAGCUUGACGAGGGCCUGUAUGGCCGUAUAGAUGGGGUCACGUGCUCAGGGCCCCUUGGAGACGGCGACGUGUGGCAGCGCGGCCGCUACAAGUCGCGCAAUGUCGCGCUGCGGCCGCUGGAGCUGCCAAGCGCCGCCGAAAAGAAGACUUCGGAGCGCGGGCUGAUGCGCGCGCGCGACGCCUUCACAGCAGAGAUGGCCCUUACAGACCACAGCCUGGAAGGCAUCGCGGUGUGCCAGGGCGUGGCUGUGGUCGACGGCAAAUCCUAUGCCGUGUAUCAAGAGUUUGAGGAGACCAUGCUUUCGUUUGGCAGGGGCCGCCGGGCCAGCAACCCGGAGGCGUUCUUCGACGCAAACGGCAUCACGCCGCUCGGCAGGAAGGUCUGCGCCGGCAUGGCGGCGCCGCUGAUGAGCCUGAGGAGGCUCAACCUGGUGCACCGCAGCCUCUCGGCGUUGGCGUUCAUGCAGACCCCAGAUCGCCGCGUGCUCCUGACCGGCCUGGCCGACGCGCUGCCCGCCACCACCCCGAUGUCGAGCAUCAUGGAUCGCAUGAACUACAAGGGAGUGAUUUUGGGGGCCAUGUCCCUGGAGCCUCCUGCGGCAGGCGCGUGCGGCGCGCUCUGCCUGGCCCCAGAGCAGCACGAGCUGCUGCAGCUGCAGGGGUCGCUCCUGCAGGCGCCCGGGCACCGGGCCGGCACGUGCACUUUCAUGGCACACACCACUGACGUGUACCUGUGGGCCAGCGCGGUCCACGAGACGCUGACUGGGCAGCCGUACGCCGCCUAUGCAUCAGAUGCAGGCGCCCUGCUGCAGCUCAUGUACGGCGAUGAUGCGGCCCCAGAGCUCCCCCUGAUUGAGGACGAGGUGCUGCGCGACCUGCUGCGCCUGGCGCUGGCGCCCAACCCGUUCCUGCGGGCAACGUCCGAGGUGGUGGCGGGACACCUCCUGUUUUGGGAGGAGGACCCCGCCGCCGUGCGCCGCUUCUUUGCCCGCGUCAACGCGGCCAUGAACGGCGACGCCGCCAGCCCUGCGGGGCGUCUGCGCAGGGAGCUGGACGCAGUCGUGCUGGCGGACCUGGACCCUCCUCUGGAGCCCUGGCUCGUGGAGGCGUUCAAAUUCAAACGCCCGGGGCUGGACCUCGUGACCAUGGCUCUCUUGGGCCUCAGCAACAGGCGCAUGACGGCCGUCGCGACGGGCGGCCACUUCGUCAGCGGCGCCCACUACUCUUUCAGCCACUGGGACGACCAGGCGGGGUUCUACGAGAAGGAGGGCGAAAUCGACUCGCCGGACGUGCUCGCGCGGCCCCUGCUGCUCGCGCUGUACCAGGCGGUCAGGCGGGCCGAACACGCCCAGCUCACCUGCCUGUUCGAGCAGCAGGCCCCGGCCCGAUCAGCGGCGCCCACGCGUCUGAUGACUGUGCACCACGCGUGCGACGAGAUGCUGAGCUGGCGCGAGGCGGCGGGGAGCGCGGGCCCGGCGCCGCAGCCGCCGCAGCAGGGCGGCGGCAGCGGAGGCGGCGGCGGCAGCGGCGGCGGCGGCGGCGGCGGCGGCGAUAGCAAAGAGGAGGGCAAGGUGCGUCGCCCCCAGGAGACUGCGCAGGCCACGGUCGCGCCGGCCAAGCGCAUGGGGGAAUUACCCGUGCCGGGAUGCCCCGACGCCAAGGCGGCGCGCGCGUCAGGCGCCGCUGACGCCGGCGCCGCCCGCACGCUGGCGGCGGCGCGGGCGACGAUGAGGGCGGGGGCGGCCCCGGGCGCGGCAUCAGCGGCGACGUGGGUGGUGAUGAGGACGGCGGCGGCGGCGGCGGCGGCGGCGGCGCUGCGCCAAAGGGCGGCGGCCCUGAUGGGCAGCCGAGAAGCGGCGGUGGCGGUAGCAGUGGCGGUGGCGAUGGCGGUGGCGAUGGCGGCGGCGGCGGCGGCGGGUACCUACCGUGGCAGCAGCCACAUCGCAGUCCGCGGCGCACUGGACCCCGGCAUGCCCAUGAGUCCGGGGGUCAUGCGGCUGCUGAGGACGCCGGAGGCGGUGGAUGAUUGCGUGACAGCGGUGGAGAUGGGGAACGAUCUGCCAUACAUGUUCCGGCGGGAGCUGGCGCGCGGCGCGCUGCAGGACUGCAUCCUGUGCGGCCUGCAGGGCGACGUCGUGGCGCGCUGCGUCUGCCUGCUGCUCGACCUUGAGCUCGCCGCGCCCGACCCGCCGCCCGCCGGCCUGCUGCGGCAGGCGCUGCGGCUGCUGCGCGCCUGCUUUGGCGACGGCGAGCUGCCGGACACGCUGCCGUUUGAGGUCAGGGAAGGCCUCGAUUUGCACCGCAUCUGGGGCCGCGUCGCUGCUGGGGACUUGGCGGGCGCGGCCACAAUGAUGACGAGCGUGCAGACGCCUGUGCAGAGCCCGCUGAUCAGCCGCUCCAAGACCGUCGCUCGGCACCUCAUGCAGUCGGACUGCUCGGCAGCGCUAUCAACAAUGGCGUCUUGCCGCAGCACCGUGAUGCAGCUGUGGCUGUACCGCUGGGGGGGUGGCCGCUGCGGGGAGCAGGUGCGGGAGCUGCGCCUGCAGGCCUUCAGGCAGAUGGCAGCAAGGGCCAAGCGGCAGCAGCAGCAGCAGCAGCAGCAGCAGCAGCAGCAGCAGCAGCAGCAGCAGCAGGCCGUCGCCUCGGGAUUCGAGUCGUCUCUGACCCUGAGCGUGGGCUUUCUGCGCGAGGGCGAGCAGGUCCUGCCUGUCGCGUUCCGCGGCGCGCCCCACAUUGUUGGCUGGCGCUGCGUGGGCGAACACGCACAGGUGGAUCCAGCCGCCGCCCAGUGCCGCCGGUUCCUGAGAAGCCUGAAGGGAGAGGAUGCAGAGCUGCUCGCCAGCCUGCAGCGCGGCGCCACAUAG